AUGCGUACUGGUGAAAAACAGUCGUUGCUAAAUAGAUUUCUGGAUGAGAACGGAGAAUUCUCUAAGGCAAGCAACUUAGUAAAUCUUGUUCAAAUUUUGAUUGAAAAUGGUGCCUCCGUCAACGAAUGUGAAGAGGGAUUCGCUUCACCUCUGAUAAAAGCUGUCAGACUUUCGUCAUUUGAACUUGUGGAUUUGUUACUCCGACAAGGAGCAAACGUUAAUCACCAUGGAAAGAACGGAUUUACAGCAUUACAUGAAUGUUGUAUCAAGGGUAAAUUUGAAGUAGAGGACCCUAACACAGAAAUCUUCAAUCUCCUAUUAGGAGCAGGAGCCUCAGUGAACAGCCAAGCAAGCAGUGUGAACACACCAGUGACUGGAAUCUAUCCUGACAGACAGAAUAAAGAAGGAACUACUUGCUUGAUGUUAGCAGUUAGUAAUUACAGUCUCAUCAAGCAACUUCUAGAUAUUGGUGCAGAUCCAACAGUUCAAGACCAAAAUGGAAACACCGUAUUGCAUCAUUUGUGUUCAACUACAUUAAAAAGAAAAAAGAAAGGAGAAAUUCUGGAGCUUCUGCUUAAAAGUGGGACGGAUAUUAAUGUUUUAAACCACGAAGGAUACACUCCUCUAAACCUAAUGAUAAAGGAAAAGACAAAUUUGAAUGUGGAAGAUGUUCAGGACUUACUUAUGCAAAAAGCUGGUCCAAAUAUAUGCCUCAAAGGAUGCAAUUCUCCGUUGAUAAAUUCACUUUUGAGAUGUAAACUGGACGUUGCUUCUUAUUUAUUGAAAGCUGGCGGGGAUGUAAAGCAUGAAGGAAAAUCUGGUUUGACUGCUCUUCAUGCCGUUUUAAACUUGGAGCUUACUAGCGGUAAAUCAGACAUUUAACUCUUCAAAAUUAUUUGUAAAAGUCGAAGAUAACGAACGGCAAUGUGACGUUGUGGUAAGAAUGUCCUCUCCAGAGCCGCGGAAUAAGAAGUUGGUCAUUACGUCGCAGGUUAGAAUCCCACUGUGGGACGUGGAGACCGGUCCCUUGGAUGAGAUUCUAUAAAUCAAGUUCCGGUGUCGCAGUAGGUGCUGGCACGAAAAUGAUCCCUCAGUGAUCAGUGGCCCUUAGUGCCGCGUUUAGAACAAAAUUGUUCGAUCGACAGGGGAAGCUUACUCCUCUAUGACAUCGUACCCCAUCUCUGAUGUUUCAGGAGGUCUGUGUUUGCUCUGCUCCCGAUUUGCUUUGUUUGAAAGAAGACUGGGUAAUUCAUUAUAGUAACAAUCACAUUUUUCGGUGUACUAAAAUUAAUUCUAUGUUUUCACAAUUUAUAAG